AUAAUAACUGUUACUGCUGCUAAUGCUGUUUGCUGCUAUUUGCUGCUACUUUUGGAAAAAAAUUAAAUAAAUAAACGAAAUAUAUAAAUAAAUAUAUCACGACUAAAGCAUCUAAGUAGGGAAUCAUAGCCAAGAUUUGUAAAAUCUGGAAAAAUGUUAAAUUGCACCGAUUUGGCAUGUGUACUGCAUCAUCACCACUUCUAUGCACAUUUACAUCAAUUGAAACAUCAUUUGCAAGAUGACGAUAAUAAUGCCGUUGGAGAUGGGAGUGACGUAGAUAAUAAUGACAAUACCCAAGGAACAGUCAAUGAUACUGAUUCAGAACUUUCCUCGCUUUCACAUGUCGACGACCCUAACGAUGUCAUCAUGGUAUGUGGAGUGGUCAUUGCCAUGUUAUUGGUUGGACUUAUUAUAGUAUUAGUUGCUGUUACAAUAAACAAAUUGCGCAAACGUGAAGAGACAUCCUCAGCCAGUCCGGCAACAAACAUUGAGGCUCAAACAACAACAUUUGCAACAACGCCUGCAAAUAUGAAUAACAACAACAAUAACAACAUUCAUCAUCAACAACAUAAUCAUCAUCAAAACAAUCAUCGUAAUAGUACAAGCAGUCAAUGCAGUAAUAGUAGCAGUCAAAACCAACAAAUGUUUUCAACAUCAUCAUCGACAACAAGUUUUGAGGCAAAUCAUAAUCAAAAUAAUGCCAAUAUGAAUAACAACAAUUUACAGUCGACAAUCAAUGGUAAUUGCAACAACAAUAAUGGUACAACAACAACAGUAACAUUUGUUAGACAAAAUCCAGCAUCGAAUGGCUGGGUAUUUCCACCAAAAGCUCCAACACCAAACAUCUAUAAUUGCAGUAAUAAUUUUGAUGCAAUAGUAAAUGCCAAUGAUAAACAUGGAUUCAAAGGAUUCCGCAAACAAUUUAGUGGAAGAUUUAAGCGAUUAGUGGCGAAAAAACCGGCCGAACCAGCACCAGCAAUACCACCAGAGUUGAAACCUCAAUUAAAAACAAUCUUUGUCUAUUAAAAAAAAAAAUGUUAAUAAUUAUUUGAGAACAAAACAAAAAAAGUGAGAGAGAAAACAUUGAAAAAAAAGUGUAUAAUUUAUGAGGCAAAUACUAUUAUUAUUACAAUUUUUAAUUAAUAUUUAACAAAUGCCCGCAGGAUAUGUAUUAGAACUAUGUAAGAUUUGAAUAAGAAAAGAAAAAUAUUAUUAUUCUAAAUCUCACUCUCAAAUCAGAGUUCAUCCCUAUAUUAAAUGUAGAUUUGGGCUCAACUCUAUUCUUAUUUUUUAAAUUAUAGAAAAAUAAGAAUAAUAAUUAUUUAAAAAAAAGAAAAAUAAUCUGUAUUAAUUUUAUGUUCUCAGCUUAAGCCGAUAGAAAAAAAAAGAAAAAAAAAAACAAAAAAACAGUCCAUAAUUUUUAAGCAAAAAAAUUAAAUACAAUAAUAAUUAAUUAUUUUUAAUAUUUAAAUUGUUGUUUAAAAUUUAUAUAAAAAUCACUAAAAGUUCCAAAGAAUGAGAACAUAUAAAUUCAGAUACACGAUCACUAUAAAAAAAAAGACAUUUUCAUCAUCUUAAUUAGUUUAAAAACGAGAAAAAAAUACACAAAAUCCUGCAGCUUUGUUGAACAAAAAAAGUAUAUAAAAUUGUAUAAACUCAAAAAAUUCUUUUGCUUAACUCAAAAAUUAAUUACACCCAAGAUCACAUACAAAAAAAAAAAACACAUUGAAGAUGAAAAUCAAAUCAAAAAGAAAUUUUGUAAACACAAAGCAAUUUACACAAAAAAUUAUUAAUUGUUUUUUGCUGCAAAAUUGCUUUCGACAAGACUGAGAUUUACCAGAUUGUAUAUGUAGUUUUAUUUAAAAAAUUAACUAAUUCUUAGUGAAAAUAAGAAAACAAAUCAAUAAAACCAUGUAUUCAUUGAUGGAGGAUUAAAACAAAAAAAAAAAAAAAACAAAAACAAAAAAUGUUUACACGACGAAGAACCUCAAAUAUGAAGAAAAACAUACAUAAAACAUAUAAAAAAAUAUCUCAAUAAUAGCAGCAGAAUCUAAGCUUGUUUCUCAUAGCUUAGAAUUCAAUAAAGCAGCUUGGGAGAGACAUGGAUGAUAGAUAAUUGUCUCAUGCGCGGCAGGCCCACACAAAAUGUUUCAAUGCAAUCAAAAAUAAUGAAUUAAUAUGCAUUUUUGAUGCCUCAGCAUAAAAUAUGUCAUUUUUUCUACUUGUGAUUAUUUUCUUUUUUUCAAAAAUUUCAAGAAAAACAACUCAGAAAAACCUUCACGGAAUCAGUAAAUUAAAUUUUUCAAAAUUUUCUCUGUUAUUUAAAAAAAUUAGUUUUUGAAGUUCAAUUUUUUAGACAAAAUUAAAAAAAAAAGAGAUGAUAAAAAAAAAACAAAAAGAUAUCAAAAAAAAAAUUCAUGUAAAAAUGCACAGUUUUACAUUAAUAUUAUUAAUAAUUUUAAUUCUAAAGAUAUCAAUUAGUUUGUAAAUUAACUAAGAGUAGCUUUAUGGAAUUGAUGAUGAAUGAUAAGAUGAUGAUGAAGAAGA